AAAGUAUAUAAGCACUGACGGGCGAGGACUUGAUACAUAGUGUCGUCACACGAUCAACAAAUCGGAUCGGUGUUGCGGCAGGACCACAGCACACUUGUGCAAUGAGAGCUACGGCGGUGUGGGCGGCGCUGCUUCUGCAGCUGGCGGUCGUAGCGGCGGCGCCCUGGAACACGGGGUGUCUCUUCUCCAGGGACCCCGACUGUUGGCGAUCGCACGCAGGCACAAGUGUGGAUAAUCACGCCUUUGGGACACUUCACACACAGAAUUCGGCACUUACCCCAGCAAAGGAUGACAACAGAUGGCCACAUAUCCGACAGCAGGAAGCAGAAAAUGGCGAAAGUGAACAAAAUCAUCCAGCCGAUGUAAAGAAAAAGUACUUACAUGAAUUAACGAGACUCUUACAAGGUAUUAUGGCAGAGAGGGAAGAAAGAAGUAGGAGCGACAGCGACAGUAGCAGCGACAGCAGCAGCAGCAGUAGUAGCACUAAUGAGAACAAUAUUAGUAACACUGAAAACAGUAGCAGUAAUGAAUUUGGAAGUGGACAAGAUGGACAUAGUGGAGAGAAUGGAAGUGGAAGUGGAGGUGGCAGUGGAGGACUAGCUGGUAGUGGAGGACUCGGAAGUGGCAGUGGAAAUGGUGGAAACGGUGGUAAUGGAGGCAACGGUGGGGACGGUGGAGACAGUGUAACUGGAGGAGAUGGAGGGGAUGGUGGAAAUGGAGGUAAUGGUGGAGAUGCUGGCGACAGCAGCAAUGGUGGUGAUGCCGGUGAUGGAGGAGAUGGUGGUGAUGGAGGCAAUGGUGGUGAUGCUGGAGAUGGAGGUGAUGGUGGAAAUGGCGGCGAUGGCGGAGAUGGAGGUGAUGGAGGCAGUGGUGGUGAUGCUGGCAAUGGAGGUGAUGGUGGAAAUGGAGGUGAUGGUGGAGAUGGAGGUGAUGGAGGCAGUGGUGGUGAUGCUGGCAAUGGUGGAGAUGGUGGUGAUGGAGGUGAUGGUGGAAAUGGAGGUGACGGUGGAGAUGGAGGUGAUGGAGGCAGUGGAGGUGAUGCUGGAGAUGGAGGAGAUGGUGGUGAUGGUGGCGACGGAGGCAAUGGUGGCGAUGCUGGAGAUGGAGGAGAUGGUGGAAAUGGAGGCGAUGGUGGUGAUGGAGGUGAUGGAGGCAGCGGUAGUGAUGCCAGCAAUGGAGGAGAUGGUGGUGAUGGUGGUGAUGGAGGCAAUGGUGGUGAUGCUGGUGAUGGAGGAGAUGGUGGUGAUGGUGGCGAUGGAGGCAACGGUGGUGAUGCUGGAGAUGGAGGUGAUGGUGGAAAUGGAGGCAAUGGUGGUGAUGGAGGUGAUGGAAGCAGUGGUGGUGAUGCUGGAGAUGGAGGAGAUGGUGGUGAUGGAGGCAAUGGUGGUGAUGCUGGCGAUGGAGGUGAUGGUGGAAAUGGAGGCGAUGGUGGAGAUGGAGGUGAUGGAGGCAGUGGUGGUGACGCUGGCAAUGGAGGAGAUGGUGGUGAUGGAGGCGAUGGUGGUGAUGCUGGUGAUGGAGGUGAUGGUGGAAAUGGUGGUGAUGGUGGCGAUGGAGGCAAUGGUGGUGAUGCUGGAGAUGGAGGAGAUGGUGGAAAUGGAGGCGAUGGUGGUGAUGGAGGUGAUGGAGGCAGUGGUGGUGCUGCUGGAGAUGGUGGUGAUGGAGGCAGUGGCGGUGAUGCUGGCGAUGGUGGUGAUGGUGGAAAUGGAGGUGAUGGUGGAGAUGGAGGUGAUGGAGGCAGUGGUGGUGAUGCUGGCAAUGGUGGAGAUGGUGGUGAUGGAGGUGAUGCUGGAAAUGGAGGUGAUGGUGGAGAUGGAGGCAGUGGAGGUGAUGCUGGAGAUGGAGGAGAUGGUGGUGAUGGUGGCGACGGAGGCAAUGGUGGUGAUGCUGGAGAUGGAGGAGAUGGUGGAAAUGGAGGCGAUGGUGGUGAUGGAGGUGAUGGAGGCAGCGGUAGUGAUGCCAGCAAUGGAGGAGAUGGUGGUGAUGGUGGUGAUGGAGGCAAUGGUGGUGAUGCUGGUGAUGGAGGAGAUGGUGGUGAUGGUGGCGAUGGAGGCAACGGUGGUGAUGCUGGAGAUGGAGGUGAUGGUGGAAAUGGAGGCAAUGGUGGUGAUGGAGGUGAUGGAAGCAGUGGUGGUGAUGCUGGAGAUGGAGGAGAUGGUGGUGAUGGAGGCAAUGGUGGUGAUGCUGGCGAUGGAGGUGAUGGUGGAAAUGGAGGUGAUGGUGGAGAUGGAGGUGAUGGAGGCAGUGGAGGUGAUGCUGGAGAUGGAGGCGAUGGUGGCGAUGGAGACAAUGGUGGUGAUGGUGGAGAUGGUGGUGAUGGUGGAAAUGGAGGUGAUGGUGGAGAUGCAGGUGAUGGAGGCAGUGGUAGUGAUGCUGGCAAUGGAGUAGAUGGUGGAGAUGGAGGCAAUGGUGGUGAUGCUGGUGAUGGAGGUGAUGGUGGAAAUGGUGGUGAUGGUGGUGACGGAGGCAAUGGUGGUGAUGCUGGAGAUGGAGGAGAUGGUGGAAAUGGAGGCAAUGGUGGUGAUGCAGGUGAUGGAGGCAGUGGUGGUGAUGCUGGUGAUGGUGGUGAUGGAGGCAAUGGCGGUGAUGCUGGCGAUGGUGGCGAUGGUGGAAAUGGAGGUGAUGGUGGAGAUGGAGGUGAUGGAGGCAGUGGUGGUGAUGCUGGCAAUGGUGGAGAUGGUGGUGAUGGUGGUGAUGGAGGUAAUGGUGGUGAUGCUGGUGAUGGAGGAGAUGGUGGUGAUGGAGGCAAUGGCGGUGAUGCUGGUGAUGGAGGUGAUGGUGGAAACGGAGGUAAUGGCGGAGAUGGAGGUGAAGGAGGCAGUGGUGGUGAUGCUGGAGAUGGAGGAGAUGGUGGUGAUGGAGGCAAUGGUGGUGAUGCUGGCGAUGGAGGUGAUGGUGGAAAUGGUGGCAAUGGUGGAGAUGCAGGUGAUGGAGGCAAUGGUGGUGAUGCUGGAGAUGGUGGAAAUGGCGGUGAUGGUGGAAAUGGAGGUGAUGGAGGCAGUGGUGGUGAUGCUGGCAAUGGAGGUGAUGGUGGAAAUGGUGGUGAUGGUGGAGAUGGAGGCAAUGGUGGUGAUUCUGGCAGUGGUGGCAGUGGAGGAAGUGGAGGAGAUGGUGGUAAUGGUGGAAGUGGUGGCAGUGGUGGCAGUGAUGGUAGUGAUGGCACUGAUGGCAGUGAUGGAGGCAAUGGUGAUGAUGCUGGAAAUGGAGGUGAUGGUGGCAAUGGAGGAGAUGGAGGUAAUGGAGGCAGUGGUGGCGAUGCUGGUGAUGGAGGUGAUGGUGGAGAUGGUGGUGAUGGAGGUAGUGGUGGAGGUGCUGGUGAUGGAGGGGAUGGUGGAAAUGGUGGUGAUGGUGGAGAUGGAAGUGAUGGAGGCAGUGGUGGUGGUGCUGGUGAUGGUGGCAAUGGUGGUGAUGGAGGCAAUGGUGGUGAUGCUGGUAAUGGAGGUGAUGGUGGAAAUGGUGGAGAUGGAGGUGAUGGAGGCAGUGGUGGAGAUUCUGGCAAUGGAGGUGAUGGUGGAAAUGGUGGUGAUGGAGGAGACGGUGGCAAUGGUGGUGAUUCUGGCAAUGGAGGAGAUGGUGGAGAUGGUGGUGAUGGUGGUGAUGGAGGUAGUGGUGGAGGUGCUGGUGAUGGAGGUGAUGGUGGAAAUGGUGGAGAUGGAGGUGAUGGAGGCAGUGGUGGAGAUUCUGGCAAUGGAGGUGAUGGUGGAAAUGGUGGUGAUGGAGGAGACGGUGGCAAUGGUGGUGAUUCUGGCAAUGGAGGAGAUGGUGGAGAUGGUGGAAAUGGAGGUAAUGGUGGAGAUGGUGGUAAUGGAGGUAAUGGUGGAGAAGGUGGAGAUGGCGGUAAUGGAGGCGAUGGUGGAGAUGGCGGUAAUGGAGGCGAUGGUGGAGAUGGUGGUGAUGGUGGCAACGGAGGUAAUGGAGGUAAUGAUAAUGAUGGCCAGUCUAAUAAUGAAAGUGGCAGCAGUGAUGGAGGCAGUGAUUCUGAUGGUGGCAUUGGUGACUGCCCGGCCGUUGGCAGUUGUCCAUUACACGAAGAUGCUGGAUCAGAUGUUACACUGUUGCCCCAUGCCACUGAUUGUGGACAGUAUUGUGUAUGUGACCAUGGCGUUCCAGUAGCCAUGCCUUGUCCUGCAGGACUCCACUUCAACCCAGAGCUGAGAGUCUGCGACUGGCCAUAUGCUGCUGGUUGUGAGGUACAGAGCUAACUCAGCAGUGUGUAUUCUCUGUGACACAAAUCCUUAGUAGACAACAUUACUGUGUUAUACUGUGUUUGUAAUCAUAAUUUGAUGUAUGUCGUUUUUGGAAGAGGAUGUAGCAUCUGUAACUAAUGUCUUAUAUUGUUUUAUUGUGCAUUUUAUGUUUAACUUGGAGUAACAUUUGUUUACUGACUAAUCUAUUUUAUUUUGUUUUUAUUAAAAAACUUUGUCAUUGUUUGAUGUAGUCCUUUAAAAUUCCGCUUUUUGCUCUUUUAUUAAAUGGUUUAUAUACAUCA